AUGGAAAAACCUACCAAAUCGCUUGAUCUUGAUCGCAAAAUGAAACCCGACAACAAUGUUUGGGACACCGGCAGCGAUCUUUACGAUUCAUUCGAACUUAAAUCCUUCCAAAACAGUCUAAACUCAGCCAUAACCGCUUCUAGAACCUUCUCCAUGCCGCACUUAUCAGAACGCCAACCGCCGCCGCCGCCGCCGCAACGUCAUCAUAUCGCUCCAAAAGAACCGGCUAAAAAAUCAUCUUCGAAAUUCUCUAAACCGUUUCAGAAGUUUGUCCGUACGAUUUUCGGGUCAAGACAGAGAUCUCGAGCCGGAGACGAAAACCGAUUUUAUGUUGUUUUGGAUAAGUCAGGUGUUCUUACUACUAUUCCCGAGGUUCAUGAAACGGCUCCCGGUUUAUCUGUGGUGGACCGGUCGGUGUCAGAGCGGUUCGGUCCCGGUUCUAUUGGUAUGAUUUCAUGUGCUUGA